AGGAAGUAAAUUGCUUAAAUAUGAUUAUAGAACUAUAUAUAUCCUUUCAUACGUCUUCAACCAAUGUUCUUUAUUACGCCAACUAUAGAACUUUGAUAGCGUCGCACACUCCCUCCCGACUAUCUAACCGCAUUUCAAGAGCCAGCAAGCAACAGAUCCAGAUUGCUCGGGGUAGGAGUCUGGUGUAUCGCAAGGUGAAGAAAAUUGACUGCAACUCAGGAUACAAAGAAAAAGGUUGAAAUGAAAAGGAUAACCCGAAAAUGACACAAUCCAGCCAAAACUCUAUUCCCGGACAAAUACACUUGCCAUCCCCAUACCGGUUCCUAUGCACAUACUUACUACUCCAACCUGCUCCCCAUGCCUCUCCAUCUCGGGAAGCAGAGUCGCAAGCUGCCUCGCACCCGUUGCUCCCAGCGGGUGCCCCAAUGCAAUUGCUCCGCCAUUGGGAUUAACUUUACUUUCAUCGAUGCCAAGUUUCCGAAUGCAGUACACAGCCUGGCUAGCGAAAGCCUCAUUGAUUUCCCAGAUUCCAAUGUCGGAAAUCGAGAGACCGGUGUGGGAGAGGACUUUUGGGAUAGCAACAGAAGGACCGAUACCCAUCUCAUCAGGAGCGCAGCCGGCUACUUGCGUGGACACCCAUUUUCCGAUGAUGCUGGACGUGAGGCCAAGUUCAGCUGCUGUGGAGCGACGCAUAAGCAACGUGGCAGCGGCCCCAUCGCUGACCUGAGAACUAUUUCCAGCGGUGCUUGAUCCCGUUGCUGAGAACGCUGGUUUAAGAGCAGCUAGUUUCUCAAGAGAGAUCGACGCUCGGACGCCGUCAUCUUUAGUGACUGUGAUUUCCGUCGCCGGGCCAUCCGUCUGACCUUCAGGGAAGAUUUUAGUCGUAACGGGUACAAUUUCGGUACCGAAUAGUCCCUUCUCCUGCGCUGCUGCGGCUUUCUUAUGAGACUCCGCAGAAAAUAAGUCUUGGUCCUUGCGCGAUAUUCCAUACCGCUCCGCAACAUUCUCGGACGUUAUUCCCAUGGGCAUAAUGCAAUCUCUCGCAUCCUUAGACGGCGAGUCGCGCAGCUCCGGCCACAGAACUGUAGGAAGACCCCGAGAACCAUAAUUGCGCGUCAUAGAUUCCAUGCCCCCGCCAAUUCCAACUGAUAUCGCGCCCACGGAAAUCGAGUGUGCAAUGGCAGUGAUAGCAGCCAAUCCAGAGCUGCAUUGCCUGCUGACGGUAUGGAAAGGAACGGUGUGAGGGAAGCCGGCGUGUAUUUGAGCCAUUCGAGCUGCCUUUGUGCCACCCAACUCCUGUAGAACACUUCCAAUGGCUACGUCGUCGAUCAAUGCGGGGUCAAGCUUCGGGUUUGCUGCGAGUGUGGCGCGAAGAAUGUGGGAAAUCAGUUCUUCGGGGCAGGCAUCUUUAAACCCGCCCUUUUUGGCCCGGGUGACUGCUGUUCGCAAUGAGGAGAGGAUGACGACAUCGGAGGGGGAUUUUUGGAGGAUUUGCCGCAGGCCUUUCUGAGCCCUUCCUGACAUGAUGGCUGUGACUCUGUUCAAGCCAAUUUGCGAUUAAACGGAAAACAAGGUAGUUCACGGAGGGGAUCAAAAUUGGAUGCUGGGAGGAAGAAAUAAUGUAUAGCCCAGUGAGAGGAAGGAAAGCUAGAAAUCAUUUGGUGUUGCUAACAGCUGAACUCCUGCAGCUGUGUAGAUCGGGUCCCCGCCGGGCUGCCGACGGCGACUAAGCUCUCAACCGAGAGCAAGAACAUCCGCUGCUCUGGCUGAUUUGUUUCAUGCAACCCAACAUUCAUUCAUUAAUGGAUGGAGCAAAGAAAUCAUCAUUAAGAGGGAUCAGCGCACUCAAUCCAAAGGCCCGCUCACAAUGACUACAAUCCUUCACCCAUCCCAUCCCUCGCUGUCGUUUGUUGGUAUCUGGUUGGGAAAAUUAUCAACUUCAGAUGUUGGUGAUAGCAAAACCACGUGAGCUGGAUCGUUGUGGAGAAUUAGAGUUUCGGCUCAAAUCUCGGCAAUCGCCCUCAGGGCAUACCUUCUCUGCCGGUAAAAUGUGCCUCUUUUCUAGAAGAUAAACCUCCAUUGUAUGCAUCACGUUUUAUGUAUCCUCAUUAUGGCAACUGCUAUCAUUGGAUAUUCGUCGUGCACAGUACAUCGCAUCUUCGGAGCCAUAAGCAAGCGUCCCGGUUUCCCUUCCAGCCCGCCCGAUAUGUGUCUAUGUGGCCGAGAUAUCUUGAGGCUGGGGAAGAAAUAAAAGACAGCAAAAGGCGGAUGCAAAUCUCUAGACAUUUCUAGUUUGUCCUUCCAGUGAUAAGUUAACGAAAUAGAUACACGGAGAUGUCAUGAGCAAAUGAAAUAAUAACAUGGGCCGAUCGAAGCUGGCAUGCAGAAAUGAGAGCGCGUCUCACGCCGCCCCUGAUCUAUAUUUAGUUACCUUUUUGUCGGUUUUCACCCCUUCAACCUCAACAACCUUCCUAGGUUCUUUCAAUAUCAAACAAUAUCCAUGAAUAAAAAAGAAUUGCUGAAACUUCACACUCAAGCGGUUUGCCCCUCUCAGAGAAUUACUUUCCCCGGAGUCUGCCUCCCGAGUUUGCCUUUCUAUUUUGUGGCUGUCUCGAUACGACGACGUCUUCCAGGCAACCGCCGAAGUGUUUAGCGAGGCUGUAUCCAGCAAGCGGCUUCUAUGCGCAUACCCCGCUUAAAGAAUGACUCCUCGGAGGGAUCAAUUAUCAUCAUGGAAGAAGAAGAAUGAGGCUGCAAUGUUAAAAAUAUAUUUCUGACUCCAUCGCGUCGUCGAUCUGCCUCGAGGGCCGGAGGGCCGGGAUGCCGCAACGCUUGUCGCGUACCCCUACUUGUCAUCUGACUAGCCGGUGGAUACGAUUCACUCAAGGGCCAUGGCAGAUCCGUAUUUCUUCUAUCAUAAGCAUUUUCAUAUUGCUUCACAAGCAAAUUCUACUUCUCCAAACUCUUCUUCAUUGAAGUAAGAUGUGAGAAAUCUUUCAACUUGAGAGGGGGCUAUGCAUGUCAUGUUUGUCACACAGACGAAAAGCAAGGCAGAAACAAUACAACUAGCUGGACUAACAGGGGAUGUUUUGCGGAUUUUCCCUCUCAACCUCCCUUGGUCGCUGAAAUAUCAUAUCUAUAUAUAUAUAUGGGAUGCACCCCAGGACUUACAGAGUUGUUUACUUCGUCUCCUUAGCACAAGUCUUCAAAAUCCGUCUUCUGUGUGAUUCGAUGUCAAAAACCACAUAUCAACCUUCAGAGUUUACUUUUCAUUCAACCUGUUUUUGCCCGUCUACACCAGACCUAACAGCCCCUCAAACCAAAACACAAGAAUACUCCCCCUCAGCCCCUCGGCUAAAAACAACAAACCUACAUCAACAAAAAAACACCACCAGGCAAAGAAAAGAAGGGAAAAUAUAUAUAUAUAUAUAUACGAUGUGCUUCUCCUCCUCGGACAGAGAUAACAACACGGAGCCCUACCGCCCUGUCUGUUACGAUCCGAAAACAGGCGACCCCAUCACAUACAACCCGCCAGCCAAAAAGAAGAAGAAGAAGAAGUCGAGGUACGACGGCGGAGGUGGAGGAGGGGGCGGCGGGUAUAGCGGUGGUGAUGGUGGUGGAGGUGGCGAUGGAGGUGGAUGUUGACUUUGUUUAGGGAGGUGGGUUCAGGGGAUUGAGACGGGGGAGGGGGGACUACAAGCCAUUCUAUUGUGAAGACGAGGUGGUGUAUGAAGGUUUUUGACUUUGAUAUUACAAACGGUAACGAUCAUGACGAUGAUAUUUAUGAAGUGGGUUUAUUAUGGAAUUAUGGAGGGCAAGGACUGGAGCAUUGAUUAUGGUCCAUUAUUGUUGGAUUUUGAUGUACACUGCCUGUUUUAUUGAUUAUCUGUUUUCCCUUACGCAUUUCUGUUGGCAUUUUCUUAUAUAUCAUUCUCAUACAGUGUUUUUAUCAUCAAAUGUCUCUAACAUUCAUCUUUUUUACCUCAGCUUUCUUAUCAAUUUUAUUAAUCUUAACUUAAUUAAUUAAUUACUACAACUGAUACUUUCAAUGAUGAUUCAGAAAUUUCC